UCAUGAAUAUUGAGCGGCCGCCGUCGUCCUUCCCGAGCUCCAUUGCGGACGCCCGGGCUCGCCAUAUUGUGCGGCGGCGGCGGCGGCGCGGGCGGCCGGGCGGCGGCCGGCGGGGCCCGGAGCCGCCAUGUCUCAGGCCGUGCAGACGAACGGAACACAGCCAUUGAGCAAGACCUGGGAGCUGAGCCUGUACGAGCUCCAGCGGACGCCGCAGGAGGCGAUCACGGACGGCCUGGAGAUCGUGGUGUCGCCACGCAGCCUGCACAGUGAGCUCAUGUGCCCCAUCUGCCUGGACAUGCUGAAGAACACGAUGACCACCAAGGAGUGUCUGCACCGCUUCUGCGCCGACUGCAUCAUCACAGCCCUGCGCAGCGGUAAUAAAGAAUGCCCGACGUGUCGCAAGAAGCUCGUUUCCAAACGGUCCCUCCGGCCCGACCCCAACUUCGACGCACUCAUCAGCAAGAUCUACCCGAGCCGGGACGAGUACGAGGCACACCAGGAGCGGGUGCUGGCCCGCAUCAGCAAGCACAACAACCAGCAGGCACUGAGCCACAGCAUCGAGGAGGGGCUGAAGAUCCAGGCCAUGAACCGGUUGCAGCGUGGGAAGAAGCAGCAGAUCGAGAAUGGCAGUGGCGCCGAGGACAACGGGGACAGCUCACACUGCAGCAACGCGUCCACGCACAGCAACCAGGAGGCGGGGCCCAGCACCAAGCGCACCAAGACGUCCGACGACUCGGGCCUGGAGCUGGACGCCGGCAACGCCGCCGUGGCCAUGGACCCGGUCCUGGAUGGUGCCAGUGAGAUCGAGCUGGUGUUCAGGCCGCACCCCACGCUGAUGGAGAAGGACGACAGCGCGCAGACCAGGUACAUAAAGACGUCGGGGAACGCCACCGUUGAUCACUUGUCCAAGUACCUGGCCGUGAGGUUGGCCUUGGAAGAGCUUCGGAGCAAAGGGGAAUCGAACCAAAUGAACCUCGACACGGCCAGUGAGAAGCAGUACACGAUUUACAUCGCCACGGCCAGUGGCCAGUUCACCGUCCUAAAUGGCUCUUUUUCUCUGGAGCUGGUCAGUGAGAAAUACUGGAAAGUGAACAAGCCCAUGGAACUUUACUAUGCACCUACCAAGGAACACAAGUGAGCUUUGACUGCAGCCGCGCCUGCGGACGAACUUUUUUAUAGCGCAUUUCUUUCCUAUUAAAGCUGUUGCUGUCGUGACUUCUACGGACAGAACCUUUGCUACGUCGUCCGGUUUCCUUUCUGAGCCAGACUUGUUUACACUCUUCGACUCUCCCCCCCUUAAUUUAAUAUUUUCCUUUCGGGAAGGGACCGCAGUGAGCUUGAUGCGUUUUCUUUCCUUUAACAAACAAGAUCUCAGUUGUGUUUUCACAAAGUAUGGUUCCGCUUGGGAGCGCCCUUCGACCCAGGAGUUUUGCCAGAGUUCUGUUCUCUGAAGUAAAAAUUCAGUUGGCCACCCUUUCCCUCCCUUGAAAAGUUUUUUAGGCCUCCAGAAUGUUAAUAAUGUGUAUUUGGACUUUUUUUCCUGGAGUCUUUCUUGUAUAUUUAUAGUUUUCUAUAUACGCUGUUGUAUCUUUAUGAAGACCAAGGCUCAAAUUACCGUGCUUGACAAACAAUUCUCAUAGGAUUAUUAUUUUCAUGGUAUUUUCUUCCAUAAUAUCUCAUUUUUAAGAAAAGUUCUUUAUGAACUUGGUGUCCAUUGUCAUGCAAUGUUGUUGUUAUUAUUUUUUUCCAUUCUUUCCCCUCUACUUUUGGUGUGCACGAUCUUGGGAAACAGUAUCUCGAGUUCUAGAAGAACUUGGUUCACUUACAGACUUCACUAAAGAAAGAUUCAGAUGGUCUUAAUAGUCUUCAAGUAUAUAUUUAAAGAGGUGUUUUUUUUUAAAUUUUUUUUUGGUAUUAGUUCUACCUGUCCACUUGAGUUUCUUUAUGAUGUGUAUUGGAUAGUUUUUUUUUCCCCUGUUAAAAUACCACAAGAUGGAGAUAUUUUGCACUUUAGCCUUGAAUGAAAAGUACAAGAUAUGUUCAGAACUUCCUAAAUUCUUUUCUUCCUCGUCACCGUGGCAGUUCACGACUCCCGUGGCACGUGGCAGCAUUGAAGAGUGUGUGGAGCAUGAGGGGCCCGUCGCUGUCCUCCCAGCCACGACCCUUGCACAGUGACAUCUGUGUCCGUGUCCGACACUCCUGGACCUGUCCUUCGCCAUGUCGUUGACUGUCAGCGGACAUUGUCGGGUGUUGGGGUCCAGACUCUCUGCACCCAGGCCCCGAAUUGGGCCGACGCGUGUGUACUUUUUUCCGCCCUGCCCCGUGUGCAGCUACGUUUCCAAGUUGCCAUCUCAGUAUUUCCGAGAUGGGCCUGCCUUGAGCAACAGCCCCUGCACGGGAUUGGGCCCGGAGGGAUUCACCCUCUAGGCUACCUUCUCCCGCAGGCCUGUCCAAUUAUUGUGACUAUUUCUCUGUCAUUUUUUGACAGAUCGGGGCGGCUUGGUAUUUUCACUCUUCAGCCCAAUUUGCAAACAAAGGCUUUUACUUGGAUUUUUUUACCAUUUUUCUUGAAAAGGUUGAUGAAUCGGUUUUUACACUUCCUUUGGGUAACCCGUGCCAUGAUAUUUGAAAACCACCAAAAAUCAAGGAACUUUUUGUACGGAAUUGCUUUUUCUGGUGUGAUGUUGGGGUGUGUAGAUUACUAAUGCAUGUCCACUUGACUAUAACCCUGGUUUUGUGCUAGAACUGCUUAGAUUUUAUUGGUGAUGUUAGUUUAGGAGUUGCAUUCAGUAACCAAAUUUCCCAUUGUGAUGACCAAUUGAGAUUUUUGUCUUUAAGCAAGAAGUUCUUUGUGCAUAUAAGCUUUGUGCUUAGAGAGUAUCUGUGUUCUCAUCUGUCAGUAUGGGAAGUUGUAAGUAAACUCCUUGCAUCCUUGCCGGAUUCAUUGGCUGUGUAACCCCCUUUGCAAAAUACAGUUGUAGGCAUUGGCU